ACCAGCAGCAGCAGCAGAGCCACCAUCACUACAGUGGACGCCGUCCUGACCAGGAGGAGGAGCUGGAGGAAGUGGUCUGAGAAGGGACAGGCCUCUCUGUGAAGAGCUGCUGAGACAACACCAACAAUCCUGUUUAAAACUGCACUGACAACACGUCCCUGUCUACACAGCCAGAGCUGCCACUGAGCUACAGUCAGGUCAAAGUACUUCCUCAGCAGGUCUUUUAUCAGCAGGUCUCAGGUGCUGCAGUUUGGAUUGUAUUCAGGUAUAAAGAGGAUUUCAGAGUGAGAGGAGUUUUCUGACGUGUUAGGUGUUUCACCUGAACGAUGGAGCGUGAAUCACGGUUCAUCACCUUCAGAGGUUUGGUUCUCCAAACUGUGACCAUCCUCGUGGCCCUUCAUUCCUCUACAGGUUCUGUCUCCUCACCUGUCGUCACAAUGAGCAGCUCCACCCUCGGAGCAGUGGUGUUAGAGUGUGAGUCUAAAGGCUGGUAUCCAGAGCCUGAGGUGUUGUGGCUGGACGGUGAGGGAAACCUCCUCUCUGCUGGACCUACAGAGACAGUCAGAGGUCCUGAUGACCUCUAUACUGUCAGCAGCAGAGUGACUGUGGAGAAGACAGACGACAACAUCUUCACCUGUAGAGUCCAACAGAACAAAACCAACCAGACCACAGAGACAGAGAUUCAUGUUCCAGAUGAUUCCUUUACAACACCUUCGAGUUCCAGUUCACCUGCUUCCAUCUUCGUUGGUUUGCUUUUUGGCAUCAUCAUAUCUGUUCCUGCAGCCGUCUUUGUGUCUACAUGCAUACGAAACAAGAUCAAGGCCGAACGACCCGGGAACCAGGAAUGAGGAGAAGCAGAAACUUAAGUUUGACUGAACCUUAACAGUUUGUGUAUUGUGAUCAUGAGUCUGUGUAAUCCAAUCACAAUGCUACAAAAGUGUGUGUGACUUGACUUAAAGGCAGAGAGUCUUAAAGUUUGCAGUAAGAGGGCUGUUCUCAGACCUAUAGGCCUCCAGCUGAAGGGAUGCCAAAGAGUGCAGAAACAGAGACUGAUCACAUACACAGCACAAUCAGAGUCAAAGGUCUCUUUUGUAGCAUUUUGAUAGGAUUAAACUGUGCUGUCAGAAUGUAAAACUUGAAGAUCACAAUACACAAAUAUCUUGUUCCAAGCAUCAAUAGGAGUGUGUGUCUGCACAGUCUUAGCUGUACUGUAUAGAACUGUACUGUAUUUACAGCAGGGGGCAGUGGGGGACUUGUUAUUUGUGUUAAUUAUAUCAGUUUGUUUUCUAUGUUAAUCUACAUCCUCACUAAAAAUCAUUUUAUGUUAAUUAAUAAUUUAAUCUUUUAAGUUUAGCACUUUCAGUCAAAACAUGUGGUAGCUAUAGACUCUACAUGUCUAUAGUAGAGACUGCACUUGCACUUACAUGAAGUCUAAAAGUGUCUACCAAUUGUGACUGAAGAAACAUGUCAGCAGCUGACUGUGAACAGAGCAGACAGAACAACGUGUGGUUCAUCUCUUAUAAUAAACUGACUCUGAUCUCAGAGACAGACACUGACUGUUACUCACAGGCAGACAGAAGUUAACAGACUGAAAAAUCCAAGAUACCAUCACCAGUGUCUCUAAUUUAUAUAAAAACAUACUAAAUGAAAUCAGACAACUUUUAUUGUGAACACAAACACAGAGUUAACAGACCAUGUAAAACAUGUAACUGACAGGUUAAGACACCUUUUAACAGUCAACAACCUUUUGUCCAACAGCAGAGUUAUUUAUUUAGGUUACUGCUUUAUUCUCUCUUUAUCAUACGUCUUCACUACAUUCAUUGCAGCUUUCCUUUGCUAUUACUUUUCAGAAUAGCAACCAGAAAGUCUGUAAGUAGGCUAAUUCAAAUAGAAGAUGCUGUACCUGACUGGAUGAGGUUGUAAAACAUACUAACAUCAACUGUGACUGUUUAAUGUUGUUUAAAUGUACAGCUUUGUUGUAGAUUUUACACAUGGAAGGAUGGAAAACGUUUACUGUGCAGUGGAUGAUUUAAUAUUUGAUUAAACUGUGUAUUAAAGAAAAGUUUAUUUAACAAACUCA